AUGAAGUCUUUAGCCACUUUAUUCUUUGCAUUUAUCAUUUCCUUCAUUUCAUUGGCAUGGGUUGUAUCGGCACAUAGUCAUCAAGAUUUUAUUGAUUGUCUCUCAAAUCAUUUUCCAAAUUCAUCUUCGUCAACAAUUUCUGAAAUUAUCUAUACACCUGACGAAUCUUCGUAUUUGUCUGUCUUGAACUCCUCCAUACAAAACUUGCGUUUCACGCUACCUUCUACUCCGAAACCCCUCUUGAUCAUUAGACCCUUGUAUGAUUCUCAAAUACAAGCGGCCAUUAGUUGUUCCAAAAUUCAUGGGAUACAAAUUAGGUUUAGGAGCGGAGGACAUGACUACGAGGGUCUCUCUUAUGUUUCUCAAGUUACUUUUAUAAUCCUCGAUCUAAUUAACAUUCGGUCCAUUGAAGUUGACAUUGGAAGCAACACUGCUUGGGUCCAAUCGGGUGCGACUGUCGGUCAACUUUAUUAUAGUGUAGCCCAAAAAAGUAUAAACCUAGCAUUUCCCGCAGGUGUUUGUCCCACCAUCGGUGUCGGUGGACAUUUUAGCGGUGGAGGAUAUGGGACGAUGCUACGUAAAUAUGGUCUUGCAGCUGAUAACGUCAUUGAUGCUCGCAUGGUAGAUGUAAAUGGAAAUAUUUUGGAUAGAAAAACGAUGGGUGAGGACAUGUUUUGGGCCAUAAGAGGGGGCGGAGGCGGAAGUUUUGGUGUCAUUCUUGCAUGGAAAAUAAACCUAGUUAGAGUUCCAUCUACCGUCACAGUUUUCACCAUUUCAAAAUCUUUAGAACAAAAUGCUACAAGUCUCAUUUAUCGGUGGCAACAUGUUGCACACAAGUUUCCCAAAGAGCUAUUCAUUAGAAUAAUCAUUGGUAGGGCAAACUCUAGAGAAACCGGGAAGUUGACAAUAGAGGCUUCAUUCAAUUCCUUGUAUCUAGGAAGAGCCGACGACCUCAUCAACGUGAUGCAAGAUGGCUUCCCCGAGCUUGGCUUGACCAAAGAUGAUCUCAUCGAGAUGAGUUGGAUAGAAUCCAUCCUUUACUUUGCGGGUUUUAGAGGGCAACCACUCGAGAUUUUGCUAAACCGAGCUCAGCCCAGUACACCAUAUUUCAAAGCAAAAUCCGAUUAUGUGCAAAAACCAAUCCCCCAAUCUGGAUUGAAAGGGAUUUGGGAAAUAAUCUUGGAGAAUGGUGCUGAGAAUUCUAUUUUAAUCUUGAGUCCAUACGGUGGCAUAAUGGAUGAAAUAUCAGAAUCGUCCAUUCCAUUCCCACAUAGAGCUGGGAACUUGUACAAGAUCCAACACUUGGCCAGUUGGAACAACGCGAGCCAAGUCGUAGCCAUCAAGCGUAUAGAUUGGAUCCGAAGACUUUACAGCUACAUGACACCCUAUGUUUCAAAACACCCCAGAGCUGCGUAUUUAAACUAUAGAGAUCUCGAUAUCGGAGUAAAUAAACAAGGGAAUACAAGUUAUGCACAAGCAAGCAUUUGGGGGAUGAAAUACUUCAAGAACAACUUUAAAAGGCUGGUGAAGGUAAAAAGUGUGGUUGAUCCAUCAAACUUCUUUUGGAAUGAGCAAGGCAUUCCGGUUCUUGCCAAAUGGACCAAGAAGAAAGGGUACUAAUUGAUAAAUAAGGGUUAAAUAUUUAUACAUGACUUCUUUCCUAAUAUAAUUUAGUCCUAUUCCAUAUAAAAAGAUGUCUUGUUCUU